AAAGCGGCCAUUUUUUUCAGUUUAUGGAACAAACAACUUAAGAAGGACUUAAUUAAAAAAUCACGUUUGGAGAUGGUGUGUGUUUAACGAACCCAGGACAUCUCGUUCACUAACAGAAGAAACAUGCCUGAAGUUAAAGACGCUCUGAUGUGAAACACAAUGGGUGUCGAUAUACAAACGUACCGAUGUAGAAUUGGAUCUUUCGGAUCUAUUGCGGGUCGACUCUCCAAAGUGUCGAGAUGUUCAGCAUUGGGAAAUAUCAUAUUCAUAGCAGGGGCGCUGUCCUUUAUAGGAAUGCUGCUUUUUAUGGAAGGGAUAGAAUUAAACCCAGGCCCGACCGUGUCAGGUAAAUGGAAAGACAACGUGAUCAAGCCGCGAGACAUAGUAUUCAUUGCUGAGUGCAUUGGCGGAUUAGGAGUGCAAUCAUUAGGACUAGGCCUUAGUUUUUCGAAGGCUGUCAUAGAACAUAUACAAAUGGAUAAUAAACGAAGCAUAGAUCAAAUAGCGUCAAUUCUCCACAAGUGGAUGGACCGGAUGAACCGGGAAGGAGACGAAGCUACCUUUUCAAAAUUGUUUGCAAUUCUACAAGAUAUUCCGAGAUUGACCGUUAAUUGGGAAACACUUGAAGAAAGAUAUGCAGAAGCUAAAAGCCAAGUAAACUUCAAAGACGACAUGAAAACCAUUCUUUCACAACUAAAUUUGUCAGACCAGUUUCCAGAGAAGAUCUCGAUUUUUACAGCUUUAGAAGUGGAUACGGAAACUGAAAAAAAUGAGGAUAACAAUUUGAUGAAAUCUCCAUGGAUUUUGCUGAAAAAAAUAUUAUCGACAGAUUGUAAUGCAAGAGAUGCGAUACCAAACCAACUUUCGAAGUUGGAGGACAAGGACACACUUGUUUUAGAUUUGGAUACGUUUUUUGAAGAAGCACCGCAAACUACAGAAGAUGGCGGAUCAGUAUGCAGACUUGACAUAUUUUGGGCUUUGUAUCAUUGUUGCGACCCAAUAUUGAGGCAGAUUAUUGUAAGAAAACUUUACCUUUGCAACUUGGCAGUGCCCUUUCUUAGCAUGGAUUACGGUUCAAAGUUAGUAAAGGCAUUUAUUUGGCCUCUGCGGCAUUUGAGUCUGUCGUUUGAUGAAUCUACACAAUUUGACAAGCACGCUUUAGACACUGAAAGUCAUGUCGUAACGUUUUGCCGUCUUGGAAGACCAAUGUUGUCAAAAUCUCGAUUGCUUAAUCGAAUUCUUUCAGGAGAAGAAACGAAAUUAACUUUCCCUGUGUUUUACAAUCCAUCAUGCCAGUCUGAACAUGUGGACACAUCUAUAAGUAAUGGAACAGUUGAUAUGUUUUGGCUUCACCCUUGUAAGGCCAAUUCAUUUGAGCUUAUUACAACAUUUUUGAACAUGCGAGGGGACUUAGCCGAAGAUUUUAUACCAGGGUAUUUGAAACUAACAAAUAAUUUGACCGAUGUGUUUGUCGUGGUAGUAGAUAUUGAUGAUCUUAAAACGAAUUUCGAGCCAUACGGAAACAUAUUAAAACGAUUUUCUUUUGUAGUAAUUGUCAUUUCGGGAUUGGUGUACAAAAAUGUAGGAACCCUUAACUUGUUUAAGUCCUUGUAUGAACAAUUUAAAGAAAGUAAUUCGCAUGUGAAAUUUAUCCGAACGAACAACGGUGACCAACUAAGCAAGCAGGAAGACAUUGUUAAAAGCAUACUAGGUGUAAUAUUGGUUCGAUUAAGAGAUCACCGAGGCAUUUCAAUUCAGGAUCGAAUUGACAGAAGUGGAAGCAAAUCUCUUUUUGUUGAAACGAUAUACCAAUUGGAAUAUGACAAUGGAAAAGUUUUGGCAGGUAAUGUCGUUGAUCAAAUGGAAAAGGAUAUAUUAGCUUGGAAGAAUAAAAAUGGAAUACCAAGUGAUACUGGUAUGACGCAUUGUAAAGAAUCGAUCACUCCAUGCUCUUUGAAAAAUUCAAGCCAGCUAAGUAGGCUAAUAAAAUCUUUGGAAUUAACACGUUCAUCCGAAGAAUCAGAUGCAAUACAGAAUGAAAUAUUGUUUGUACGAAAUAAACAAUUAGAAGAUGCGACAAAAAGUGUAUCGACAUUUGCUUGCAGUUUAUGUGAAUGUAAUUCGACAAUGGAAAGGCAGUUCUUCAUUUUCUGUUUAAAACUUGAGAUUGAAAACAGACUUCGAGCAGUUCUACUUGAAAUGCAGGAAACAAAACAAAAUGAACAAGAAUAUUUAGGAAGACUUCGAACAAGCAAUGCACCUGAAUUUCAAAUUAAAGAACAAAAAUCAAAACUGACAGAUGUGGAAAAAUAUAUCGAAAACACACUGUUUGAUGUGGAAUUUCUUUUUAGAGAAAUCGGACAUAUUUGUGACUCGUGUAUAUAUUUAGGUGUUGACACCACAUACUGUGGUUUACCUAACAUUGAAAAGAUAACCGAAGCAUUUGCUGAUUUAGUAUUACACGGAGGAAACUCGCUAGAAUUGAUUGACGGAGAUAACUUUUACAUGCCAAUUCACUGGAUAAUAGGAGUAUUUACAUGUAUACACAAGAAGCUUAACGAGAAGUCAAAAUUGUUCACCAUUUCUCUAUUAGGACUACAAAGUUCAGGUAAAUCAACAUUAUUAAAUACGAUGUUCGGUGUUCAUUUUUCAGUAAGCUCAGGUAGAUGCACUAGAGGAAUUCAUGCUCAAUUGCUGCCAGUACGAAACGGGUUGAACAAGCAGUGUCCUCUUAACUUGAUUAUGGUAAUCGACUCAGAAGGCUUACGGGCACCUGAACUUUUUUCCGUUUUACAAAGUGACAACCGUGACAACGAAAUGGCAACUUUUGUAACAGGAUUGGGCAAUAUUUCAGUGAUGAAUGUGAUGGGAGAACACAUGUCUGAUUUGAGAGAUAUCUUGCAAAUAGUUGUCAAUGCGCUUCUGCGCCUGAAUGAAGCCAACGACGCUCUACCAAAAGAUCAAUCUUGCUUUUUUGUUCAUCAAAAUGUAUCAGAGCCUUCUGCGAGACAAAAAAUGACAGGUGGCUUUGAACGGUUUGUUGAAUGUUUGGAUCUAGUGACAGAGGAAGCGGCAAAACAGGAAGGGCUCAAAUUUAAACACUUUAAUGAUGUCAUAAAAUUUGACAUUGAAACUAAUGUGCGAUUUAUUCCUUGUCUUUGGCAAGGGAGUUCUAAUUUAAAACACAUCAACCCAGACUACAGUACAGUCGUUGUCGGUGUAAGAAAUGAUUUGAUCAAAACAGCCUUAAGUGUUAAAUGUAGCAAAACGUUGGACGAUUUCGGAAUACAAGCGUCCGACUUAUGGAAAGGAAUUAUGUCCGAGAAUUUUGUUUUCUCUUUUCGAAAUAGACUAGAAAUUAAAGCAUACUGCACAAUAAUGGAACAGAUAAAUAGAUCACUGUGGGAAGAAGAGCUUUCAUUAAGAAUUCAUCUCAUGAAUGUAUCUCAAAACAAAUUAGCUCUUUGUGAAGAUGAGUCGAAGGUUGAGAGCGACAAACGGGAUAUAGAACAGAAAUUUACACAAGAAGUAAAAGAUUUUACUACUAAUUGCUUAAAUAAAAGCGAAAAGAUUGUUGUCGAAAGUGAAUACAGUCAAAUUGCUUUGAAAUGGAAAAAUGAUAUUAAUCUACAUGUAACCCAACGAUCAAGGGAAAUUCGCGUUAGUUUAAGUAAUGAGCUAGAUGUACGUUGUAACCUUAAAGUGAUAGAACUUUCUACAUCAAGAUUAACAAAAGAAAAACGUGACAUGCUUAAAUCUGAGGCUUCCAAUGUGGCAAAGGAUUUGCGUGAGAAAGAAAAAGAUAUUGAACCAACCAUUGUUAAACAAUCGUUCGAUAAGAUUUGGACAAAAUAUGAGAAAGAAAUAUGUUCACAGGCGACAUCAUCAUUGACUGUUGACUUUGAUGAAUUAUCGGAAACAUAUCUGUAUGAAUAUUUCAAAAAUGAUAUCCAAAUUCUAAAAAAAGAAUUGAAACAUAAGACCAAUGUUUGUCACCUUCAAAAUAGUUUCGGUUUAAGCAAGAUUACCAUCAACGAUAUAAACAUUGACUCUGAAAAUUCUUCUGAGAAAGAAAAAAUAUUUCAGGACAUCGUUUCAAGUGUACGUCUGUUAUUUCAAAACGUCGAAGAAGAUCUGCAAUAUAUUUGUACAACAACAAAAUGUGUCAACAAAAUCGACUUCAUGUCAUUUUGCAACAAUUUUGACCAACGUACAGUUGAUAUGACGUCGAAAGUACAGAGUCAGAAUGCUGCAUUAAAAAAAUCAUUCUUUAUAAAGCUUUUUAUGCACACGCUUUCUUUCGUCUCGUAUGCAUUUUGUACACAGAACAAACAUUUUGAUAGUCAAUACGGUAUGUCAGCGCACCUAAAAAGGUUUAAGAGUGAACUGAAAAUACUAUUUUGUGAAGAUGUUGCUAAUAGAAAGGCUGAUCACAAGGCAGCCGAGUUAUUUUGUUUGGGUGUUAGUAACUCAAUUAAGAAAACAGUUUUGCGACGUCUUCCUCUACGUAUGGAAAACAUCUUUAAAAAAGGACUUCCAUAUUCAAAACAUAACCUAAUGAAAACCAUCUACAAGACUUUAGCAAUUAGUGAAAACUUACCUGGCUUUGUAAGAUAUUUAGAAAAGCCUAAAACGUUUUCUGCCAGGUGGGUAAAACAUAAAUGGGAUGACAUGGUGGCAGAUAAGGAAUUUGCACUGCUCCAGGCAAAGCAGGAAAUUCAAUCAAUGACUGAAGAAAUAAUCAAAGGUUUGAAGGAUUGUUUUGUCGUAUGUUUAGAUCAAAAUAAAACAUCAAUGUCAAUGAGAUUUUUAUUUUUAACGAUAAAUAGAUAUCUAAGGUGUCGUGGUAUAUCUUUAGAUAAAAUUGAAUUCGAAACAUUCUUAUCACUUACAAGAAUCGAAGACUUCUUUUUUUUUACUAUGAUUCUCUUAGGACAACGGGGAGAAAUGGGCCUAUUGGAACACAAACUCUCUGCGACAUUAGUUGAGUUUGAAGUUAAAUACUUGUUAAUUCCCAAUCCAUACCUGAAAGUGUUUAAUGAAAUAUGGGGUUGUGAUGAGCAAUGUCCAUUUUGUCUUGAACCGUGUGCUAGAACAGAAAAUCACCCAGAUUCUCCUCAUUAUUGCAUUCAACAUAGGCCAAAAGGUUGCAGGGGAAUAAUGGAUGUUCACAGCAGAAAAAUAUCAAAGGAAACGUGUAAUGGCUCAAUAACUCUUAAUACAAGCUACAUGUGUUCAGUUAUACGUAAGAAAUGCGGAUGCGAAAAUGAAACGCCACAUCCUUAUAGCGAGUACCAGCGCCAUUUCCAGAGAUGGGACAUAGCCCCAUCUUUAAAUAAUUUUGAAAAUGCCAAGUUCUGGCUUUGGUUCAUCGGUUAUUUCAAGAAAGACUUAGCUAAAAUGUAUGGUUGUGACGUUUCUGAAGUGCCUUCAUGGUGGACAAUGAUUAAAAAAUCCGUAGCCAUUGCGAGUUUAGAUGAUGUAUAUUAGAUCAAUAUUGUGGAUAAGAUAUAGCAUCAAACAAUUGUGUUAUGUAGACAGUUUUCCAUUAAAAUUAAUGAUAAUUGUUGGAACAAGUGAGGGGUUAUGCACAUAUUAAUAAGUUUAGACCUCAAGUAAACUCGUGUUUCACUGACCGCUCCAGGGCGGUAAUCCCAGUAUCUAUUGAUAAAGCAUUUUCGAUGAGUAUAUGGUAUGUUUGUGUGGUUCGUACGUUUGUUUCUCUCGUUUAGUAUUGUUUGGGCCCUAACCUUGUGCAUCUAACAGAGUUUACAUUUGAAUGUUUGAUUGCUUGGCUUCUUAUGUACUUUUCAUUGUAUUUUAAUCUGCCUAAAUGGUAUGUUGUAAAUCAUUCAUAUUUUACAACGAUUUGUUAAAUACUAGAUUAUUUACCAUGAUUCAUUGUACAUUGUAAAAUCUGAUAAAGGUAUUUUAAUUUCAAUGGAAUAUAUCUUGAUUGAUAAACAACUAAACAAAUUGUUUACAGUUGAAUACGGUAUAAAGUCAUAGCAAACAGAUAAUUAAUAAUAAAUAAAUUGAUCCUUAAUCUUUUUAUUUAUACAAUCUUUAAAGCAUGAUGCUUUAAAUAUGUAUUUGACCUACUUUUAAGUGUUAUUGAUAUUGAUAUUGACCAUUAUUUUUAAAAGUGGUCACAAUUAGGAUAUGUUGUUCAUUUGCACAUAAAUAUGUUAAUGUUGCAAGCAAUUACAGAAGUUUAUCAUUGUUGCGUUAUUUUGGGGGAUAUAGACUUUCUAAAAAAAGAAAUGACAGACUUACAAAAUGGUCUAAACAAUAGCAUGUACAUUAUUAUAUAGAGGCUUAAUUUUAGACAAAAUAGUAUAACUCUUGAUAAUAUAUUUGUGUUGAAUAGUGUUAUUACUUGAAUAUAUAAGUUAAUUAAGUGCAAGUCUUUUAUUUUGCAAAAGCAUUAUACUAUGUUUAAAGGACUAUAAUAUAGUAUGAACUUUUUGUAAUAGGUAACAUACUAGAUAUUCGAUGUACUUGAAUGUUAAAAUGGCAAUGCUGAUAGUGUUUCUUAAAUGAUCUUUUUAGUGAAGUAUAAAUGUAACGCGUUUAUAUGUAAUUACAGACUUACCUUACUUAUGUAAAUAAUGCUAAAUACAGAAUUGCAUUUAAGAGAAUAAGAGUAUCUGCAUAGGUUACAAGUAGAGGCAGGUAAAUAACAUAAGCCAGCAUAAUUAUUUUCCUUAUACUGCAAGAAAAGGUCGUUAAUGUCAAGUAGUCAAGUUAUUAUUUUGUUCAUGUAUAUACAUGUAGAAACAGUUUUGUGUCAGUGUAAGAUCGCCAUAAAUUUCACCUCAUGAACACCAAAGGUAAAUUUUUCACUCGUGGUUACGCAACUCGUGAAAUAUAGAUUUUGGUGCACACUCGAUAUUAUACUAAAGCAAACAAUUAUCCUAUAUUUUUUCAAAAAAAGAUAUUAUAAUAAUAAUAAUAAUAAUAAUAAUAAUAAUAAUAAUGAAGAAAACAUUUGUUCUAAAGUUGCAAAAUACUUUUUCAAUAAAAAUAUGGAUAUAUUAAAGAGAAAAAAAGUUAAAUAAGUAAUACAUGCAUAUAUAUUUUAUAUUUAAACUUUGAAAUGGAAACACAAUGGAGUUUUUAUAGUAUAACUUAUAAGGCGCAUAAUUAUCAUCAAGGGAUACUAUUUAUUUGCAUUUAGUAAUAGAGACUUUAAUUGGUUUAACUCACCAAUGAGUUUAUGCUGUCAAUCAUAUUGCAUUAUGUCAUAUCUGAUGACAUUUGAGUUUACUGCUUGCCGCAGUAUCACAUUAUGCUUAUUAUACACCAUGUAUGUAUGUUUUUAUGAUACACAUAUUUCUUUCAGAGCAAAUACCCUUUUAGUAAACAAUUAUUUUUUUAUAUAGAGUAUUGCAACGUUCGACACGCUAUAUUGUUCAUUAGGUUACGCUAUUUGUCAUGUUAAUAUAUUGUACAACAGUUUGAUACGUUGCAACUUUUCCAGUUGAUCAUAUUUAUAUUAUUUUUAUUUUUUUUCUUAAUGUCGCUCACUAUAUUGCGUACUUGUAUAAAAUGAUACACACACACACACACACACACACACACACACACAAAAAAAAAACUGUUCAGGUUUCGUGUGAACAAAUAUUUUCUCUUCAUAUCUGUAUAUUAUAUGCUUUACCAAUCUAGAUUUAGAAAUGGAGGUCCACUACACAAAUAUGAAAACUGGACACUUAAUGCUUAUAUUGUCAGAAUUAUAUCGAUGUACAAAUAUAUGGGUUUAUUGUUUACUCCAACAUUAUCCUGGUCUGCAGCCAAAUCUAAAUUAGAAGCUCAGGCAAGGAAAGCUCUUUUUCAAUUAAAAACUACCAGUUGUCAUUUGGAACGUUAAUGGUUUUUAAAACUUUUUGAUACAAUAAUCUCUCCGAUAUGACAUUUGGCUCAGAAAUUUUGGGGUUCAAGGAAUGUAAUGAGAUAGAAAAAGUACACCUUUGUCUUUUGUAAACAUUUUCUCGGAGUUAAUAGUUCUGUAAAUAAUUGUGUGGCUUAAGGAGAAUGUGGUAGAUUACCAAUGUUCAAUGUUUAUGUCUUAAAAUAUGUAAAAUAUAGGUGCAAACUAUUAUAAAUGCCUGAAAAUAGAUUCCCUAGAAAUUUGUAUUUUAUAAUAAAAAAUCUCGAUAGUUCAGGUAGGCGUACGUGACCAACUUCUAUCAAAGAAAUAAUGUUUAUAUAUGGUUUUGGCUAUGCUUGGAUUGCCCAGGAUAUUGGAGAUAUAAUAUGUUUAUGUAUUAUUUUAAAUAAAGAAUUGCUGACCGUUGUAGACAAACAUGGCUUGAUGAUGUAAAUAAUUCCUCCCUUUGUGAUACCUAUAAAUGCUGUAAGUCUUUAUUGCAUGUUGACAAAUACCUUAUUAUCAGUUUACCGUUUCCUGUACGAAAAUCAUUGGCUAGAUUUAGAACCUCUAAUCAUAAACUUCAUUUUGAAAUUUGUAGAUUUUUUAGUAUUGAUAGAGAUGAUCGCUUAUGUAUUUAUUGUUUAUAGGCCAAAACCAUAUGUGCUAUUGAAGAUGAUUAUCAUGCAUUUUUAAGUGUUCAAGAUUUAAUGACAUCCGCGAAAAUUAUUUGUUUUCUUGAUAUCAUCGUUCAUUUCUGUAAUCUGAUGGCAUCGGAAUAUGUUACCCAUAUUAAAUCCACCGCUCUUUAAGUUCAUAAACUCAUGUUAGCUAUCGAUAACACUUGACUUUGUUGACCAAGAGACACAACUCUUAAUUAGUUAAUAUAUGUAUUUUAUUAUAUUUCAUUUGUAUUGUAACAUGUAUUAUGGGCUGGAUGCCU